UGCCUGUGAGAAGCCCCUCAGAGCAUACAGUUAUGAACAUUUAGCCAAAUAAAAGUCGAGUUAACUGAUUUGACUGCUGCGGAGUUUCGCUGCCAGAGCCACGAUGGAGUAAACAGUUGGCAGCGGGGACAUUUGCGAGCUGGUCUGGAUGGAAGCGACGGGUUUACGAGACGUUUUCAAAUGUAUAACGCUGUCUAUUGCAGCAAUGGAGGAUAUUGGUCUUCUCCCUAAACCCACCCCCGAAACUCCAGUCCUCAGACCCACAGUCCCUGAGACUUUUGGGCAGCAUCACAUCCCACCAGACCACCUGCAUGUGGGUGAUGCAAGCAGGAAAUCUGACAUGGACAAAGAUGGAGUGGGUAAAAAACGGUCCCACUCAAUGACAAUAUCUGAGCAGCAGAUGAUCUCCCAAUUUCCUGUACAUCACCAAGCACCUGUGGGUGCUGACACUACACAUCUUAAUACGGUUGCCCAAAAUGGAAACACCAAUUUGGAUAAAGCAGGCGCUGUCAGAAAAAUAACCAAAGCCAAAGUUGCAGAUCCAUUAAAGUGGAAGCAAAACAGGCAGAAACAGCUGAGGAUGGAGGGAAAAUCAUAUGUAAGCAAACGCAAGAAAGAUGGUGAGAUUGUAACCAAACACCCGAGAGCCAUAGGACCAAGAUGCACCUCGGAUGCAUGCAAAAAAGCGACAAAUCGGCUAUGUAGUGAAAUUACUGAAGAAACAAGGAAGAAGGUGUUCAAUGAAUUUUGGCAGCACAUGAACUGGGCUCAGAGAAAGCUCUAUGUAGCAGGACAAGUCGACCGUGACCCUGUGGAAAGAUCUCGGGCUGCGGGGUUGCCUUCAAGGAGAUCAGUGUCACUUCGUUAUCAUUUGAUGGUGGAUGGCAAACGGACACAAGUAUGUAAGAACAUGUUCCUGUCCACGCUUGGGAUUGGAGAGUGGUCUGUGCUCAACUGGGCAACAGAAAAGACUGAAUCAAACAAGAGCAAGUCAGACAAAAAGCCAGUUGUGACUGCCCCUCCUGUAGACAGCAACACUGCAGUAGCUACUCAAGAACACAUGAACGCAACUGACAAAGACAAAAACAGGCCACCAGAAAAAGAGGGGGCAAUCCGAAAGAAAUCCAGAGUUGCAAAACCACUAACAUGGAAACAAAAUCGUCAGAAGCAACUCAGGAUGGAGGGAAAACCGUACACCAGCAAGAGAAAGAAAGAUGGCGCCGCUAUUACUAAAGCUCAAAGGUCAAUGGGGCCAAGAUGCACAUCCGGUGCCUGCAAAAGGGCAUCGAACCGCUUUUGUGCUGACUUUAGUGACGAAACGCGGAGUGGGCUGUUCACUGCUUUCUGGCAGUGUAUGAACUGGACUCAGAGGAAGGUCUAUGUGGCCGAGCUUGUGGACUGUAAUCCGGUGGAAAGAACCCGUGCACCGUGGACUCAGUCUAGAAGAUCAGUCUCAAUGAGAUAUCAUUUGAUAGCAGAUGGCAAUAAAAAACAAGUUUGCAAAAAAAUGUUCCUCUCCACUUUGGGGAUUGGAGAGUGGUCAGUGCUUAACUGGGCCCAGAAUGGCUCCCAGCUAGACGAUUCGGAGGAGAACAGUAAGAAGCGAAUGCAGAGGAAAUCCCGUAAAGCUUCCGAGCAUAUAGUCCUGAAGGAGUUUCUAGAGCGUUUACCAAAAGUGUCAUCUUCCUGUGGUGGAACGUCCAUCUCUAAGCUCUGUCUGGAGCCAGUCUUCUCAAACAUGUCCGAGGUCUACAGGUGCUACUACAGCCACUGCGUAGAUCAGAAGACGGCGCCGCUUUCACGCCAGGUUUUCUGUGCUGUGUUUAAAAAAAUGAAUUUAAGAUUGUGUGACUCCAAAAAGGACCAGUGUUGUUCUUUUGGUGGAACUGGAAACUUGUUUAAUGAACUUUGGGAGGAAUACUGCUUGGAAAGAGGAGCUCCAGGGCAACAACUUGAGAGAGUCGGUGACCUGUAGACCAGAGGUGUCCAAACUCCGGCCCGCGGGCCAACUGCGACCCGCGAUCCAUUUUUAAUUGGCCCGCAAGUAAUUUUACAAAUAGAAUCGAAUAUGGCCCGCACUUCAACUUUUGCUUGAGUGUAUUGCACUUCUUAGUUUUAACACCAGGGGGAGCUACUGUCGAUCAAGGCAGUUGCUCCACCAAAAAGGACAAUCACAGAAGAAAUUUAGCCCAAGUUACUAAACAUGGCAGAACCAAAGAAGCGAAAGGAAAAUUUCAGACAUGGUGGGAGAGUGAAUAUUUCUUCAAAGAAUUCAAGGGGAAGUGUGUCUGUUUGAUCUGCACUGAAAUUAUGGCAGUUAUGAAAGAGUAUAAUGACCAACGUCAUUAUGAAACCAAACAUCAGGCCUAUGCAUCCUACACUGGUGCUGAGCGAGAGCAGAAAUUAAAGCAAAGGGUAGCUCUCCUGUGGGGUCAGCAACAGUAAUUUUUUCGUGCUCAAAAGGUCCAGGAAAAGGCUACAAUAGCCAGCUAUGAGGUCGCCCAACUCAUCGCAAGACAUGGCAAGCCUUUUUCAGAUGGAGACCUCAUAAAACACGGCCUCGUUAAAGUCACCGAAAUAAUGCGCUCGUCAACAACGUCAGCAUGUCCACACCAACAUUGGUCUACGGCGUAGACCAAUGUUGGUGUUUGUUGCCAUGUUAAUACCAACUUUGUAUUACACACCGUUUGUUUGAGACUUGAUGGUGGAUCCUUCUUUUAUAUUUGCACCUCUUGAAGCAGUGUAGUCGUCUCGAUGUAGCUGAAACAAUUUAAGCACUACGUUUAUUUUGAGGCCUCUGAGUGGUUGGUGUUAUUUGGAGCAUCAUUUUGUUAGAGCACAACAAAACUGCUAUUUUAUCGUUUCGAUAUGUGUGAUGUAAAAGGUCAAAGUCAACUCAAGUGUCAACGUUGAUAUUUUCCCUUGUGAAUUAAAUAUUAACAGCUACCAGAAGUAUUUACAGAAUUCUUUCAAAGGCAGAGCAGUCACAGUCAAGCUGUCAGGACUCCGCAGAUGUGUGUAUGUGUGAAAUCAUCAAAUUCAAACCAAUCCGUCUCUUCACGCCCUGCUGCUUUUUACACAAUAUGAAGUAACGGCUCUCCCAGCAGCUCCCUGAGUCACAGUAAGAAUUACAAACACACGCAUACACACAAAUACAUGCACACAUGGUUAUCGCCCUUCCUUUUCUUCUCCACACAGUGGCAGGAAGUUGUCCAGAUAUCCGCAGGGCCCUCUGAAAAAAGAGCGAGUGAACAAAGUGGGCUGGGUGGUGGAGUUGGAAGGUGUCGGUGGCAGCGGUGAUGGGGAUUUGGUGACUUCACUCACAGUUAACUAUUCAUUCUGAGCAGCUACGGAAGAGCUACAGCGUCGUUUCAGUACGUGAAAUAGAGAGUCUCAUCUGAGCUUUGGCACAUCAGAAGCAGUUUGUAGUGGAGUAAUACCGCACAGCUGGACUGGAGGACGGCUUUUUGAGAAGAAGGGGCCAGCACCUGGUGACCGGGACGGCCUGAAGAUGAUAGCUCUGAGGACGUUUGUUCUUCUGGCACUGAGCUUGACAUGUCAAGGUGAGUUACCCCCCUUCCCCAUUCAAAGAAUUCCUUUUUCUUUUG